GAGCAACAAUCAAGAAUCGCGAUAAUGAGUCUGCAAACGCUGGAGAUUGAUGAAGAUUAGACGUCAAGCAUCACAUGCACCCUACCAGUCAUCAAUAUUUGUGCAAUGAGGAAUGCACGUGCUUGCGAAUCUUGCAGAGCAAGUAAAAAUCGAUGCUUCUUUGCCGAUGACAGUACAAUAUGCCAGAGGUGCGACCAAGCCAAAAGUCGAUGUGUUGUUCGAGAGAAAGCCAGACCAAAACGUGCUCGACGUACUGCACGCCCAGAAAGUAGCACAAAAUUAGAUGAUACCGGUAGCCCAUUAUCAUCCGCCCCGUCUCUUUCUGCCGAUAACCCCUCAAAAGAUGGAGAGUUUUCUCUAGAUCUUCCCACCACAGUAUAUCAUGAUUCGGCGAAAGACACUGAAACUCUUCAAAGCCAUCACAAGCGAGUCUUUAAAGAUGAUAAAUCACGAUCGCCUACCCCAGUGAAGAAUGCACUACCCUUACCAUCCAAAUACAUCUCUGCUCGCAAACUCACAUUAUCCCAAGCGACACACCUCCUCAAUUCCUAUAUUCCCAAACUUCCAUUCUUCCCUUUCGUCACACUCCCCGCAAACCCCACAAUCCGAACCCUGUCUCAACAAUCUCCUUUCCUUCUUUUGGCCAUUCUCACCACUGCUGCCAUCCCACACCCAUACCUUCACCACCAACUAGACCAGGAGUUCCGUCGUGUGUUGAGUCUCAAGUUAAUUGUCGAGUCACAAAAAUCCCUCGACUAUCUUCUUGGUCUUCUGGUAUAUAUAGCUUGGUACCCCGCGCAUACCAAGCCACAACAAAUUCCAUGUUUUACUUACAUGAACCUUGCCAAUUCCUUGGCUAUAGAAUUAGGGCUUGAUAAAGCAGAGCCUCAAAAUGCCCUUUUUGGAGAGUUCGAUUCGAAGGGACUUGUGGAUAGCGAUGGCGCGUGGACGAUGGAGGCUAGGACAGCUUAUAUGGGAUGUUAUGUUUUGGGUUCUCAUCUUUCCAAGGGAUUCAAUAAACCACAAACCAUGUCCUACGAGAAUCUUCUUCCAAGCAAUCCUAAUACGUUCAUUCCAUCACAUAUGACCACGCCGGCAACAGCUAUUGUUAUACUUGAGCGUGUUGCUGAUCGUAUCAAUGAUACAUGGACCGCAAAGAGCUAUCCGCAAAUGGAUGUUUUUAGCACCGACCUAUACGUUCAAUUAUUCACCUCUGAGCUAGAUACCUGGAAACGAAAUGUACCAGAAUCUAUCACUUCUUCACCACUCCUCGCUUUAUAUCACAAAUACACUCACUUCUCAAUCUACACUCACUCCCUUCGACUCCUCCGUCGUCCCUACCGUCCCUUCGUCCCCGGCACCACAGAAGCCAUCCCCUCCCCCGACCAUCUCGACACCUGUCUCCGUCUCGGCGCAUCAUACUUUCAACACAUCCUCUCACUCCCUCCUAAAGACUACACACAUUUCAAUCUAAUCCACUGGUCACAACUAGUGCACUCCCUCGUCGCGCUCGUACGACUUACAUUUGUAAUUGCACACGUGGAAAAUUGGUCUGCGGAAACGACACGCGAGAAAGUGGGGUUGAGUAUGUAUCUUGAAUCAUUAUGUUUUAGGUUCAAUAGUCUUUCAUCAAAUUCGCAGGUUUCUUCCAGGGCAGAUAUCGAAUCUAGGGAAAGCGGAUCGAGGGAAUCGAGUAGUAGUAAAGGAAAAAAAAAACACUACGAUAAAUAUUUCGUGAUGCAUGGUAUGUUAACUACACUUAAGAAAACGUGGGAAAAAAGAGUAGAAGCAAUAGUACCAAAAGCGGCUGUGAUAUCCAAGGGAAAAUGUCCCAUGUUUGAUCCGGAGAUGGCGCCUUUAUUGGAGAAUACAAAUGCAAAUUUCGAUUUUGGGGAUAUGGCGGCUUGGGAUGAUAGUUUUGAGGAGGGGAUGGCAGGAUGGGAUAUGGGUAUGCAGGAUAUUGAUAUGGGUACCACUACCAGUACAAGUGGCAAGAUACCUGGAGCCGAGGAGACAGGUUUACAGGCUGUUGGUACUCACAUUGGAACACCCGGGGGAAUAGGAAUUGGAACUGAAACUACAACAUCGGAUGGAGGAACAGAACAACAGCGAGAUGCAGUCACACUAUACCAUGACUUAUGGGCAACAAUGACAAGUUCAUGGUCCGAAAAAUCUCCCGGGUGGCCGACACAAAUAGUUCCCGAAAACACCGGUACCAGUAGUAAUGACGUGGUCUUCGGCUAUCAAAUUAAUGAAGGAUCGGGAAUCAGAUAAUAUGAUAAAAAGGGGCAAGCCAUUUAUAAAAGGGGUGUAUGGAACGGAACCUUUCUGGGGCUUGUAAUUUACGUUGUUUUUUUUUUUCCUUUCUUUUUUUCCCUUUUUUCGGGAAAAAGAAAUAAAAAGGUACAAUGACAAAUCUCAAAAUAAAAGUAAACGCACAAUCAAACCUAAUAUCUA